AUAAAGUGAGAAGAGAGUUUAUAUAGAAAAAGUAAGAUACGGAUUACGGAACGGAUUCACUCGUGUACUUGUGAUUUUCGAAUACACAAAAAUGUCGGAACUCAUGAGAUGCAAGUGUCGUGGUCUGAGAUCAGUGAUCCUUCUCUUCACCUAUUUCGCUUUAGCGUUUACCUUCGUUUCCUCUGAGAGGGGAAAUUUAGAUUCCAAGACGCGGGAAAGUGACGAACCCAGUUUCUUCCUCAGAGCCAUGGAUUUUCUAUGGGAACCUGAUCAGACAGGUUAUCAUCAUGUCUGGCCCGAGUUUGAGUUUAACUGGCAAAUUGUUUUGGGCACUCUCGUUGGAUUCUUUGGAGCUGCGUUUGGUAGCGUAGGAGGUGUUGGUGGAGGUGGCAUCUUUGUUCCAAUGCUCAGUUUGAUUAUUGGGUUUGAUCCCAAAUCUGCAACAGCCAUGUCUAAAUGCAUGAUCAUGGGAGCUUCUGUGUCAACUGUGUAUUACAAUCUUAGAUUGAGACAUCCUACGCUUGAUAUGCCAAUCAUUGACUAUGAUUUGGCGCUGUUGAUCCAGCCCAUGCUUAUGCUUGGGAUUAGCGUUGGUGUCGCUUUCAACGUGAUGUUUCCAGAUUGGAUGGUCACAGUACUACUCAUAAUCCUCUUUCUAGGUACAUCAACAAAGGCGUUUUUGAAAGGUUGUGAGACUUGGAACAAGGAGACUAUAGCGAAAAUGGAAACUGCUAAGCGUUUAGAGUCAAAUGGUGUAUCUGCCACAGAAGUGGAAUAUACGCCUCUUCCUGCAGCUCCGAGCACCAAUCCUGAAAACAACAAGAAACGAGAAGUUAGUAUUAUUGAGAAUGUAUACUGGAAGGAACUUGGACUUCUUGUUUUCGUCUGGAUUGUUUUCCUGGCACUGCAGAUAGCCAAGAAAAAUCUGCCAACUUGUUCAGUAGCAUAUUGGGUCAUAAACUUGUUACAGAUUCCUGUUGCAGUUGGUGUAUCAGGUUACGAGGCAGUAGCUUUGUACCAGGGUAGAAGAAUCAUUGCAUCAAAUGGACAAGGAGACUCUAAUUUCACCAUUGGUCAGCUUAUUCUUUACUGUACAUUUGGCAUAUUGGCGGGUAUUGUCGGUGGAUUACUUGGUUUAGGCGGAGGUUUCAUCAUGGGACCAUUGUUUCUUGAGCUCGGUGUCCCACCACAGGUCUCAAGUGCCACAGCGACUUUUGCAAUGACUUUCUCUUCAUCUAUGUCUGUUAUAGAAUACUAUCUUCUCAAACGGUUCCCUGUUCCAUAUGCUUCGUACCUUGUGGGAGUUGCAACAUUUGCAGCUUUGGUUGGACAACAUGUAGUCAGAAGACUGAUUACAGUUCUUGGAAGGGCAUCUCUCAUCAUCUUCAUCCUGGCCUCCAUGAUUUUUAUCAGCGCGAUAUCACUUGGUGGCGUGGGAAUAGUGAACAUGAUUGGCAAGUACCAACGGCACGAGUACAUGGGUUUCGAAAACCUCUGCAAGUACAGUGGUUAACCUUUAAGAAUAGUAUUGGAUCAAGUUACGGUUCGUGGAUUAUUUCAAAGAGAAUUUGAUCUCUUUUAACUGAAGCAAAAUCGGCUGUACUCAGUAAGUAGCUUGUAAAAGUUCUCAUUCUUGAUGGCAAAGAUUUAUUGUCUUUCGAUUGUGUGUCAUUUUUUUAAGACAAGAGACUAUUGCGCUUUUUCUCUAUUUGUUCUUAAAUACUAUGUAAUGUUUGACAACCCCAAAAAUAUAUAUAUUUGUCAUGUUAUUGUUUAGUCGUUUUAGAAUGGCAAGGAAUUACAUCAAGUUUCACUCACGCCUCACUACCAAAUUACCAUAUGAAGGUUGCUAUAUCCUUUAUGCUGUUAUAUAUUACAAAAUAGCUUGUGGAAGAAGAAGCGGACUAUUAUUUCCUCAAAUGCAGUAAAUAAUUGGUACACCUAGUUUUAAACAGUAGACAGAGAACUCAAAUGUCACAAAUUUAGUUACUUUCUGUUGCAUUCCGACCAAAAUUUUCAAAGGCCCCUUCCAUGGUUGUACUCAUUGGUCCCUACAUGAAAAACAUGCAAAAGAAAAAGAUAUAAAUAACUUGGAAGGUAGGAACAAUCAAAUUUCGUGGUUUACCAAAGAAUAUCAUCUGCAUUAUUGUCACACGCAAACAACCAUGGCUCUUCAGUUAAUAAGGUUCUUCUUUUUGAUA